GGCAUAGGCUGUGGUUAGCCCCUCCUGGACUCUUGAUAAUGCAGGCAUGCUCUGAACGCCCCUCCAACAGGCUGAAGUUGAGCUUAGAGUGGCAUUUCUCCUGUAGCUGUCUUCCACUCGCAAUCAAAGGACCCGAAAGAUACUACAGAGUCCUUGGCCGGGUCUUUUCUCCCUCAUGCUCUUGAAUGUGGGGUGCCAGCACCUUCUUUGACUUCAGGAAAUGAAGCUGCCCCAAACGUUCCCCCUUACUCUUCUCUUCCUCAGUUGCCUAGAGUGUAACCCUUCUAAGAAGGGUAGGGGUACCACCGGAGAAAGAGAAAAACCUCCGUUUCCUUGGGCUCAGUCUGGACAGUUCUCCACCCGUGACAAGCAUCUGUGCAACUGGCAACUCAUCUCUGGAGAAAGGGAUACCGAGCUCCAGAUCACCUGUCAUCCAGCAGAAGGAGAGGCACAGAGGUGUGUCUACCGGGGCCAGCCAGAGUUAUGUGCGGCCUACGGUGCCAAAGGCCAUCAGUUCUGGAAACAGAUCCUGGGAAAGCUUCGCCGGAAGCCCCAUCCCUGCCAGGACACCAGCCCUCUCAAAUCCCGGCUUUGUAGCAGCAAGAAGGACACACCUGGAGCCCAGCUGCACCUGGUUCAAACCCUACCAAGCACAGAGGUCCCUGUGGCCACCGCAAGUGUCACUCAAGGAAGUCCCGAGGGGAAAAGCCGCGGCAAGAACCUACCAGCAUCGCAGAGAUCACCACAAGCACACCGAGAUAUGACCGUCACCAAUCCAGCCAAGAACGGCGCCUUGAAGAAGCAAAAGAAAGGGGGGAAGAGAAAAGGGAACCCCAACUCUUCAGCGGUCCCUACCCGUCCAGCCCAUAGGAAGCCUACAACAACAGUUGUGGAAGUCACCGCACGGCCCACAGAGCUCAACGCCGAUGUGGUAGACGCUUAUUGUGAAGAGAAAUGGCAUUCCUUGUGUAACUUUUUUGUGAAUUUCUGGAAUGGCUGAACUUGUAGGGUAAGAGGAAGGCGGCGACGGGGUGGGGGGAAUGGAAGUGUACAGAAGAAGACUUAGUGAGAAAUGUGGAAGAAAUGGUUUGGUAUAAAGGCAGAAACCAAGAAAGUCAGGUGAAAUGAAAAGAUUGUGGGGCAACAAUGAAAGAUUUGUAAUUGUGUGCAGUUCUGGGGCUUUGUGUGAUGCAUAAUUUACUCACUCCUACUAAUGUUGAUAAUGAAGAAGUUACUUUUGGAUAGGAUUUGUGCGUUAAUAUGCAAUACAGCUCCUUCCUUGUCCUGUACUAGAGGGAAUCCAUUACAUUUGUAGUACACACGGCUCUGCUAUUCCAGAUAAUUUCUCGCUUUGCAAUCACUUGGAUGCUAAUCUGUAAUUGUAACACAUUUUACAGGAUUAUCAGUCACUUGUGGAUCUUUAUUUUGUAUUUUGGAAAUGUCUAACAACUGUAUAAUAAAUGCGAAUGUACCACCUGCUAUUGGUGUUAAACAACUAUGUUAAUGACUAAUAAAUGAAGUUCUAUUAUA